AUGGCCAGCCGACUCUCAGCCGAAGACCGCGCACAGACGCUCGCCCCGCUGCUGUCGGCCGAGCACGGCGCCUGGGCGCUUGUCGACGGGCGCGACGCCAUCAAAAAGACGUUCGUGUUUGCCGACUUCAAUCGCGCCUUUGCCUUCAUGGCGUCUGUGGCGCUGAGCGCCGAGAAGAUGGACCACCACCCCGAGUGGUUCAACGUCUACAACCGCGUCGAGGUCACCCUGUCGACCCACGACUGCCAGGGCCUGUCCGCCCGCGACAUUGCGCUCGCAGCACACAUGACGCUGCCGCCACGUCGCUUUCAAAGUAAACCCAAUUUUAAUUUAAACAAAAUAUAA